AUGGAGCUCCGUGAUUGGCUGGAAUCCUCGGGACUGGGCUCCACGGAUCUCCUAGGCUCGUUGACCCGCGCCAUGGAUUCCGAACCUGCAGGCGAGGCUCGGUCGUCCCUGGCCUUGCUUGCGUCUAAUCUGAGCCCUCCUGGUCUGCCUGAGGCACUCCUGGUGGAGUGUGAAGGAUGCUCGGGGCAACCGGACUUGGCGUGCGGCGAGGCGGUGUGGGUGCUGGGAGUGCGAUACGCAGAGUGGGAGGACGAGGAGGUGGGGCGAGAGGAGGCGCAGGAGGGGGGUGGGGAAGGGGAGGGGGAGGCGAGGAGAGGGGAGGGGGCUGAGGGGAGGAGAGAGGGGGGAAGGGGUGAGGGGAGUGGAGCAAGGGAAGGCGGGGAUGUGGUGAAUGACGUGGAUGAGGGUAGAGACGGAGGGAGGGUUGAUGGGAGGGAUAAAGGGCGGGAAGGAGGUGGAGGUUUGGCGAGGGAGGAAGGGCGAGAGGGUGUGAGGGAGAAGGAAUAUGAGCGGGAUAAGGGUGGUCGGAGGGAGGAAGGUGGGGAACAAGAGGGGUUAGAGGAGAGGAGCAGUGGAGAGAGAAGUGAGGUAGUGGAGGAGGGAGGAGUGGGGGGGCACGGGAGGAGGGGAGGAGUGGGGGGGCACGGGAGGAGGGGAGGAGUGGGGGGGCACGGGAGGAGGGGAGGAGUGGGGGGGCACGGGAGGAGGGGAGGAGUGGGGGGGCACGGGGAGGAGGGUAUGAGUGGGGGCUCGUGGGAGGACCUGGUGGUGGACGUGCAGUCAAGGCUAUGGAUGACGUACCGCUGGGGCUUCCCCCCUCUGCCCUGCACUGCUGCUGCUGCUGAUGGCGCUGCUGCUGCUGCUGCUGCUGGUGUUGGUGGCGCUGCCGCUGCUGCUGGCGCCUGUGCUGGCGGUGGUGGUGCUGCUACUGGUGCUGGUGCUGCUACUGGCGGUGGUGGUGCUGCUACUGGUGGUGGUGCUACUGGUGGUGGUGGUGGUCCUGGCUUCACCACGGACACGGGGUGGGGCUGCAUGUUCCGCACCGGCCAGAUGAUGCUCGCUCAGGUAACGUCUCGCUCUGGUGCUGGCACAGAUGGUGCCACUGGUGGCGGUGCUGGCGCUGUCUUUACCGCGAACACAGGAUUUUGCUGCAUGUUCCGCACAGGCCAGAUGCUGCUCGCACAGGCCCGGCUGUGCCACCUGCUGGGCCGCCAGUGGAGACGACUUGGAAGCGACUCAGAAGCGACUCAGAAGCUAUUGUCUUCCUCCUCCUCCACCAUCUUUGAAACUCUCAGAAAUCGUUCUUCUUUCUCCUUUCUCCGAGCUGUGCAGGCCCUGCUGUGCCACCGCCUGGGCCGCCGGUGGAGACGACAGGCUGGCAGGGAGGAGCAGGUGGGGGGGGUUGGUGGGGAGGGGGAGAGGGCUGCUGGGGAGGGAGAGGUGAGGGGGCAGUGGGGAGGCGGAGAUGGGAGGGGUGAUGGGGAUGGGGAGGUGAGCGGAGGGGUGGUUGAGAGGAGAGCGAGCUUACUUCUAAUACCUCUACUCACAUAUACGGCUCCCCUCGUCCUUUCUCCCCCACUCCCCCUCUCCUCUCCCUCUAACUCUCCUCCUCUCCCUUCCCCCCCAUCCUCUCCUCCCCAUCCUCUCCCCCCCAUCCUCUCCUCCCCAUGCUCUCCUCCACAUGCUCUCCUCCCCACCCUCUCCAGGCCUACCACGAGGUCGUUCGUCCUCUUUGCAGACUCCCCCUCUCCACUCUCCCCGUUCUCUCUGCACCAUUUGGUUCGGGGCGGCGCUAGGCUCGGCGUCAAGGCUGGGGCGUGGCUCGGGCCGUACCGGCUGUGCGUCACGCUCGGGAGCUUGGUUCGGGAGAUGGAGAAGGGGGGAGGGGAGAGUGGUGUGGGUGAGGUGGAGACGGGGAGAGGAGAAGAAGGGGAGGACAGUGAAAGGGAGGAAAAGAAUGGGGAUGCAGGGAUGGUGAGAAAACCAAGAGCGGGAAGAGACUGUGGUGAGCGGCAAGAAAACGGCGAGGAGGCUGGCGACUUGACACGGAGCAAGGAAGGAAGACUUUGGGGCAAGGAGGGGUCGCUAUGGGGCAAGGAGGGGCCGCUAUGGGGCAAGGAGGGGCCGCUAUGGGGCAAGGAGGGGCCGCUAUGGGGCAUGCGCGUGCAUGUGGUGGGGGCGCACCCUGGGGGGGAGGGAGGGGGAGGUGCGCCCAUGCUGUGUGUGGACGAGGUGAUGGCUCUGUGUGGCGGGGGAGGAGGAGGGGGAGGAGGGGAGGUGAGGAAGGGAGGGGGGAGGGAUGCAGAAGGUGGGGAAGCAUUGGAGGAACAAUGGGGGGAGAGGGACGGGGAGAGGGAAGGGGAGCGGGGAGAUGAGGAACGAGGCGAGGCGAGCGCAUGGCGGGCGGUGCUGAUCCUGGUGCCGUUGGUUCUCGGUGUCGACCAUAUGGACGCCCGCUACCAGGAGGCACUGCGCCGCACAUUCACCUUCCCCCAGAGCGUGGGCAUUGCGGGAGGCAAGCCGCACACGUCGCUCUACUUCAUCGGCACACACCAGAAUGAUGUGCUGUUUCUGGACCCGCACUACCCACAGCAGCGGAUUGAACAGCUUGCACGAUUGUCAGAAGGUGCGCCACUCCUCACUGUGGGCAACAGGGCCGAUUUGGCGAGCUAUGCGGUGAAGGAGGUGCCUGAGAUGGACAGCUCGUCUUUGGGAGAUUCAUGGGAAGAUAAUGAUUCCGACAUUGCCAUUGGCAGUUUUCCUUCUAACGAGCUUGAGACUCCCCGUCUCUUGUUCCGACUGUUGCGCCGUUUACGCACCCUUCCGUCCACCAAUCAGCUCGCAGCGUCCGUGCUGCCGCCGCCCUGCCACGUGUCCAAGUUCGCAUACGCGCCCUUCGAAGCCGCCAGCCAGCAGCUCUUUUCCGCGCAGCCGCGUUCUUCGCAAGCCGCGAACUCGUUACAAGCUCCUGAUUCGUUACAAGCAGCCUUCAAGCGCCCGUCGGCACCCGUCAGCAACAGCAGCGGGCCCCGCGCUUCCAUUCCCGCGCGUACCAGAGACUCCUUGUCUGGAAGCUUCCACGAAGCCGCGCCUCCAGCGUUCCAAGCCGCGUGCGCAACACACUCCGUCGGCGGGCCUUCCUCCGGUUCCGACCGUUCCGCCCCGUCUCCCGUUGCGAGCGCAGCAGGGGGGAUAUCCGCGCUGCCGCGCGCCAUGGGCGGAACUCCCUUCCCGCCGCAUGCAUCAGGCGCAUCCGGAAGCUCCGGCGGAUUUCCAGGAUUCCCAAACCCCGCCGCGGGCUCAAUUGCGGACGGAAUCGGGGGAGGAGGAGCUGGCGGGUUGGCGGACGAGAGGGCGGAAGGUAUGGCGGGGGCAAUGGCGGGCGGAGCAGCCGCGGCUGCCAUGCUUGCGGUUACGGGUGGCGGAAAGACUGUGGCGGGAGGUUGGGGGGGAGUAGCGGGGGGGAAUAAAGCGAGGGCAGAGGAGCAUGAGAAGGAGCAGAGGCAGGAGUUGAGGAAAGCGGCUGGGAUAAGCGGAGUGGGGAGGGACGCAGCAGUAGGAGGAAGGGAUGUGAGCGGAGCAGUGAGGGCGGAUCGAGGAGCAAUGGGGGAAGGUGGCGAGAGGACAGGAGCAAGGGGAGAAGCGAGGGGCAAAAGAGGAGUGAGUGAAGGAGUGAGGGCGUGUGACGUGGUGGCCGUGGUGGGCCAGCGGGAGUUUUGGCGCCUGCAGCAGGGCAUGCAGAGGCAUGAGCGCAUAGUGCGAGCACAGCUGCUGGACCUGCAUUCACUCAUCAUAGUACAGCAAGAACUCUUCCAAGCAGACCGCCCCCCCUCCCCCGAGCCCUCCGCCACCAGCGCCCCCCUCCCCUCCGCCCCCCUCUCCCCCGCGCCCUUCCCCCCCGCCUCCUUCCCCUCCGCCCCCCUCUCCCCUGCGCCUCUCCAGCCCCUCCGCCCUUCCCAACCUCCCUUCCGCGCCUCCCCAGCUGCGCCGCACACCUGUGUCGAGGCUGAGUCGCAGGCUCGGGGAUUUCCAGGGCAAGUGGUUCGGACGGAUACGGAAGGGUUCUCUGCUGCGAUUGGUGAAGGAGGGGUUAUGGGGGGAGAGGAGCGGGAAAAUGAGGAGAGGGUGAGGGAUGGUACUGCUGGUGCUGCAGUUGGCUAUGCGGACAAGGCAAGGAGGAAGAGAAGAAGGCAGGAGGAGGGUAUGGGGGAGGGUAUGGGAGAGGAUAAUGGGGAUGAUAGGGGAAGGGGGGAGGAGCAUUGGGGGGAGUGGCAAGCGAGCCCCAGAGCAGCGUCCGUUGCCGCCCCUGCUCUGUCGCGCUCCCCUCGGGUGCACUCACAGUACACUCAGCACAAGCAGCACACCGAUUAUGUGGUGCAGAAGCGGCAGGAGCAGCAGAAAGUGCGCCACGAAGCAGAGAAUCUGGAGGAGCCUGCAGCAUCCAGCUCGCCCCAUCGCCCCACACAUGUUCGGCAGCUGGUGCAAGUGGGCGGGUCGCCGGUUUAUAAGAUGGAGCGGAAGCUGGGGAAGGGCGGAUUCGGGCAGGUGUACGUGGGAAGGCGCGUCAGCGGCGGCAACGAGCGGGUUGGGCCCAACGCCGUGGAGGUGGCAUUGAAGCUGGAGCAUCGGAGCAGCAAGGGGUGCAACUACGGCCCCCCCUACGAGUGGCAGGUGUACACGACGUUGGGCGGCAGCCAUGGCGUGCCCAGAGUGCACUUCAAGGGGCGGCAGGGCGACUACUACAUCAUGGUCAUGGAUCUGCUGGGGCCGAGCCUGUGGGACGUGUGGAACAACCACAACCAAGCCAUGUCAACGGAGAUGGUGGCGUGCAUAGCAGCGGAGGCCCUCUCAAUAUUGGAGAAGGUGCACGAGCGAGGCUACGUGCAUGGAGACGUGAAGCCGGAGAACUUUCUUCUCGGGCAGCCCGGGACUUCCGAGGAAAAGAAGCUGUACCUGGUUGACCUGGGUUUAGCAACGAGGUGGAGGGACAGCAACACGGGGCAGCACGUGGAGUAUGACCAACGACCAGACAUCUUCAGGGGCACGGUGCGCUAUGCAGGCGUCCACGCACACCUGGGGCGCACGGGCAGUCGCAGGGAUGACUUAGAGUCACUGGCAUACACACUCGUCUUCCUGCUGCGAGGAAGACUGCCCUGGCAGGGCUACCAGGGCGACAACAAGGGUUUCUUAGUGUGCAAGAAGAAGAUGAGCACGUCGCCCGAGAUGCUCUGCUGCUUCUGUCCGCCGCCCUUCAAGCUCUUCCUCGAGUACGUCGUCAGCCUCAAGUUCGAUGAGCGCCCCGACUACGCCAAGUGCGCCGCCAUGUUCGACCCCAUCCUCUCCCCCAACCCAGCACUACUGCCUCUCAACACAGAGGGAGCACGCUCUCUCAAGGUGGGGCAGAAGAGGGGGCGGGGCGAGGGGGGCGAGGAGGAGGCGGAGGAGGAUCAGCUGAGGAAGAAGAUCCGCCUCGGCAUGCCGGCCACCCAGUGGAUCUCUGUUUACAGCGCCAGACGGCCUAUGAAGCAGAGGUACCACUACAAUGUAGCGGACUCGCGCCUGGCACAGCACGUGGAGAAGGGCAACGAGGACGGGCUGCACAUCAGCAGCGUGGCGUCGUGUCAGAACCUCUGGGCGCUCAUCAUGGACGCGGGCACCAACUUCACAGCGCAGGUCUACGACCUCUCGCACGUGUUCCUGCCCAAGGAGUGGAUCAUGGAGCAGUGGGAGAGGAACUUCUACAUCACAGCAGUGGCGGGCGCCAGCAACGGCAACUCCCUCGUUGUCAUGUCCAAAGGCACACCGUAUACACAGCAGUCAUACAAGGUCAGCGACAGCUUCCCAUUCAAGUGGAUCAACAAGAAGUGGCGAGAGGGCUUCUACGUGACGUCCAUGGCCACUGCUGGCAGCCGCUGGGGGGUGGUUAUGUCCCGCAAUGCCGGCUUCACUGACCAGGUGGUGGAGCUGGACUUUCUGUAUCCCAGCGAGGGCAUUCACAGGCGGUGGGACAUGGGGUAUCGCAUCACAGCCACCGCUGCCACGUGGGACCAGGCUGCCUUCCUUCUCAGUGUGCCGCGCAGACGACCCGCGGAUGAGACCCAGGAGACUCUGAGAACAUCGGCUUUCCCCAGUACCCAUGUAAAGGUGAGAGAGUGA